AUGCCACAGCGCUCCGCGGCGGACGAGGGCAAAGUAGGAGCACCAGAAGAACCCGCGCCGCAAGUCUCGACUUUGCACGAUGAUGAAGCUCCGGUAUAUCUUGAGCAACACCCUAGCAGGAAAGACGACAAAUGCAAGCAUGUUGCUGCGACCGGCGAUAUCGAGAAGGCCACCGGCACAGAAGACACUUCCAACCGACUAACUGGGCCAGACCAGCUUCCUCCACCGAUCGAGACUUCAGACACUGAAGAUUACUCGAUCUAUACGCCUGCCCAGAAGAAAUGGCUCUGUGCGCUCGCCAGUCUGUCAGCUCUCUUCUCGCCUCUCUCAACUAACAUCUACUACUCGGCUACUACAGUUCUCGCCAGCGAUCUGAAUACCUCGAUUACCAACAUCAACCUCACGAUCACUAUCUACCUCAUAUUCCAAGGCCUAGCCCCUACUUUUAUCGGUGGACUCUCCGACGACGUUGGCCGACGGCCGGUCUACCUUCUAUGCUUUUUAAUAUACAUACCUGCCAACAUUGGCCUGGCUUUGCAAAACAGUUACCCAGCCCUGUUCGUGCUCCGUGGCAUCCAGUCUGCGGGCGGAAGUGGCACGGUAGCGCUUGCUUCGGCACUGAUCAGCGACGUCGUCACGUCUGCCCAGCGAGGGAGCUACGUUUCGUAUGUAACCAUGGGAGCAAUGGUGGGGCCGGCCUUUGGUCCGACCAUUGGUGGCUUACUGGCGCAGUAUUUGGGCUGGCGUGCGAUCUUCUGGUUCCUGGCAAUCUUGUCGGGCAUAACCUUUGUCAUCAUCCUCGUCUUCCUCCCCGAGACCAAUCGUCGCAUCGUCGGCAAUGGGUCAAUCCCCCCACAGCCUUGGAAUCGCACAAUACUUAGUAUCUACCAGCAACAUCAACUCAAACGAGACGGCAAAGCUACACCAGAAUGUGUCGUGCAUGCGCCAACCAGCAAGCGGCCUUCACUCAUCCAGUCUAUCUACGUCUUCACCGACAAGGAAUCUUGCAUAUUGCUUGCAUACUCCGGCGUGUUCUUUGCGGGGUUCUACAUCGUGCUCGCUACCCUCCCCGCUCUCCUGGAGGCCAAAUACCACCUCAAUUCUCUGCAGAUUGGUCUCUGCUUCAUCGCUCUGGGUAUUGGCUCGUUAACAUCCAACAUAGUCAACUCCCGCUUCAUGGAUUGGAACUUUCGACGGCACGCCAAGAUAGCCGGCAUCGUCAUCGACAAGAACAAGCAGCAGGAUCUACGAUAUCUUCCCAUCGAGCGGAUCCGUCUUGAGAUCGUCCUGCCCCUUGUCGCCGCCUCUUGUGCUAUUGCCGUGGUCUACGGCUUCCUUAUCCAACAUACGGUGCACCUGGCAGCGCCGCUAGUCUUUCUAUACCUGACUGCCCUGACGCUCACUGGCACUUUCUCAGGCUUGAGCGCGCUGAUUGUGGACUUGAAUCGGGAAACGCCUGGCAGUGCGUCUGCAGCGAUGAACCUGAGCAGGUGUUGGUUGGGCGCAGGCGCGAGUGCGCUGGCAGUGCCGUUGGAAAACGCGAUUGGCAUGGGGUGGGCUAGUGUUGUGGCGGCGGCCAUCUGGCUGGCUAUUGCGCCUGUGAUUCCGUUCUUGAUCUCAAGGGGCCCACAUUGGCGCGAGGAGAAGCGGUUGAAGACCGGGACUGAUUAG